AUGACAGGCACAGAGUCCAAGGAGGCCGGUGCAGGCAGUGCAUCAGCAGAAAAUGCAACGGGGCUGGACAAGGGCAAGCGACCUGCCGUAGCUGGUGCAGAUGAGGAGGUUGCGGACGUUCCCGACGACGACGACAACGAUGAUCACGAGGUAGACGAUGUCGAAACGAACGGCAAGGAUGGAGGAGAGGCCGGGUCAUCGGGCAAGAAGAAGAAGAAGUCGAAAAGGAAGAAGGUCAAGGCAGCCCUGACCGGAAAGCCAGACGACCAGAUGGCCCAGGUGAAAUCCGUGCUCGACAAGCUGCCCCAGCACGACCUCCAGGACUUGAUCUCGCGGAACCCGGCGCUUCUCAAAGAUUACAACGGCGAUUCCGCAAAGGCUGCAGAGGCCUUCAAGAAGCUUUCCCUCGACGAGGUCAUGACCGGCCUGGCUCUGAGCGGCAAGAACGCAAAGGACAUGGCAAGCUACAAGUUCUGGAAAACACAGCCCGUGCCCCGCUUCGACGAGGAGAUGCCCAAGGACUUCGAGGAAGGGCCUCUUAAGAUACAGACCGUUGAUGACGUCCCCAAGGAAGCACCUAAGCUUGGGAUCGAGGGCUUCGAGUGGGUCACCAUGGACCUGACAAAGGACGACGAGAUCAAGGAGGUCUACCAGCUACUGAACGGCCACUACGUCGAGGACGACGAGUCCAUGUUCCGUUUCAACUACGGAACUGCAAUCCUCAAGUGGGCCCUCAUGUCCCCAGGCUGGUCCCCAGAGUGGCACGUCGGCAUCCGCGACUGCCGCCUGCCCACCAAGAAGCCCCUCGUUGCCUUCAUAUCCGCCGUGCCCGUCAAUCUGCGCCUAAGAAAGAACAUCAUCCGUACCUCUGAAGUCAACUUUCUCUGCGUGCAUAAGAAGCUCCGCAACAAGCGCCUCACGCCAAUCCUCAUCAAGGAGGUCACGCGUCGCUCUAACCUGCAGGAGAUAUGGCAGGGCGUGUACACCGCUGGCAUUGUGCUUCCCAAGCCCGUCAGCACCUGUCGGUACUACCACCGGGCGCUGGAUUGGAAGAAGCUUUACGACAUUGGGUUCAGCCCACUCCCACCAAACAGCAAGCCCGAGUGGCAGAUCCGCAAGUACACUUUGCCCGAAAAGACAGCCACCAAAGGCCUGCGAGAGAUGACAAAAGAAGACGUCCCCGCGGUGCACAAGUUGAUGAAAAACUACGUUGAUCGUUUCGAUAUGGCCCCUGAAUGGGAUGAGAGUGAAGUGGCGCACUGGCUUCUGCAGCCAAGGGCUGAAGGCGAUGAGCAGGUUGUCUGGUCAUAUGUGGUCGAGGACGAGAACCACAAGAUCACGGACUUCUUCUCCUUCUACAACCUAGAGUCCACAGUCAUCAACAACCCACGGCACAAAGUGGUGCGGGUGGCUUACCUCUUCUACUACGGUACCGAAGUUGGCCUUACUGCGCCCUUCAACAAAGCCGCCACGAAGGAGCGUUUGAACGAGCUUAUCCAUGACGCAUUGAUCCUUGCCAAGAGGGCGAAGUUCGACGUGUUCAACGCGCUGUCGCUAAUGGACAAUACGCUGUUCCUCGAACAGCAGAAGUUUGGCCCAGGCGACGGGCAACUGCAUUACUAUCUGUUCAAUUACCGCGCGAAGCCCAUUGCCGGUGGCAUCGAUAACCAGAACAGGGCAGACGAGGACCAUCUCAGCGGAGUGGGCUUCCGGGCAGGCCCAAACUGCUACGUUCACACGUACCAGGCAGGCGUAGAGCAUUGA